AUGAAGCGUGUCCUGGCCUUGCUGCAAGUUUUCCUGAGCAGAUGUGACUGUGAUGCUGAUGUUGCUGCUGCUGCUGCUGCUGCUGCUGCUGCUGCUGCUGCUGCUGCUGCUGCUGCUGCUGCUGCUGCUGCUGCUGCUGCUGCUGCUGCUGCUGCUGCUGCUGCUGCUGCUGCUGCUGCUGCUGCUGCUGCUGCUGCUGCUGCUGCUGCUGCUGCUGCUGCUGCUGCUGCUGCUGCUGCUGCUUCUGCUCGCGCUGCUAUGGCUGUUGCUGCUGCUGGCGGUGGUGGGGAUGCUGCUGAUGCUGCUGCUGCUGCAAAUGGUGAUGCUGGUGCUGCUGCUGGUGACAUAGCAAGGCUUGAUGCCUGA